UUAAAAGAACAUCUAUAACUCAAAAUACUGAGGAACACUAAAACAUGAAGAGCGGUUAUACAGUUGGGAUACUAAUAAUUUUAUUAGUAUCAUCAACUUUUUUAACCGCUGAUGAAUCAGAAUUUAUUAGUGAUUUAAAGAGAGUAUUCAAGGGUAAAUCUUAUGAAGAAAUAUUCUCAGGUAACAGUUAUUGCUCUAAAAAUAUUACAUGUGAUGGCAAAGGAAAUAUAAUACAUAUACAUCUUGAGAAUCUUGAUCUUCCUGAUAAUUACCUGCCAGAUUCAAUAUCUACCCUGGCCCACUUAGUGGAUUUGCGUAUUCUUAAUAGUAGAAUUAGAAUAAAUUGGAAUAGCAUUAAUUCAGAUUUAUUAAUAUACAGUUUAAAAACCAUAGAAAUUACGGGAAAUAACGCUCUGGAAUUCCCAUCAUCCUUGAAACAUCUAGGUCUGACCAGCCUAAACAUUUCUAGAAAUAACAUAUCACAUUGUUUAAAUAAUAUUUCACUUCCUAUAACUCUGCAACAUAUCGAUAUGUCGAAAAAUCGUCUUCAUUGUAAUAUUAUGUCCUUUAGUACAUUUUCAAACCUACAAACGUUAAUUCUUUCGAACAACGAGCUAAGUGGUGAAAUUCCAACAUUCAGUAAAAGCUCAAAGUUAUCAGUUUUAAAUCUUUCAUAUAACAUGUUUUCAGGUAAUCAUCCGUCUUUCAAUA